UGAAUAGGUUCAAUAAAGUAUUGCGUGUUAAUGCUGAGUUAACGUUUGACCAGGCUGGAUGGGGCAGUAGUGAUCACACUACAGUCGAAGGAGUUAAACAGGAACUCUUAAAGUCUCAUCCCUGAAGCUCAUCAUGGCACAUCCCACAAUGCACCUGCUGCUGCUCAGCCUCCUCAUCGCCACCGCUGCUGGGAAAGGCCUGGAGAAGGGACCACUGGAGAACAAGGUUCUAGACGUGCCAGAGGGGACACCUGUACCCUACGCCCUCUACCAGUUCCAAUCGUCCCACCUCGAGGUUGAUGGGUUCAGAUUGACAGGAGCGACUGAAGGAAAGAUCAGCAUCUCAGAGGACGGCUGGCUCUACCUGGAACAGACCCUGGACUGGGCCCACACACAGACACAUACUCUGGAGCUGGAGGCCUUAGUGGGUUCAGAACCAGUAGAAGGUCCAGUCAUCAUCACCAUCAACGUGUUGGAUGUCAACAACCACGCCCCGUCCUUCAACCAGACUGACUACAUUGGCAUCGUCAAGGAACGUACCCCCGCAGGUGUUCCAUUUGCGCGUGUGUUUGCUACUGACCUGGAUGACCCAGAGUCUCCCAACGCCCAUCUAAGUUACACCCUGGUCUCCCAGAUCCCCAACAGAGACAACACCCUGUUCUUCCAGAUCAACAGCAACACAGGAGAGAUUUCUACUACUGCCGAGGGAGAGCGUCUGCUGAAGGCCAGAGAAAGUGUUAUUCAUUCCAGAGGAGGGGACUUCAGUGAUUCUCUGAAGAAGAGGUUUGAUGACUACUGCACCCCCACAGGGGACAUCCCUUAUGAACUCAACCCCUUCUACAGCUGUGUGCAGAGAGCAGAGUCUCGGAGGCUGAACCCUCUGGAAGACCCAGACUUCACGCUGAUUGUUCGUGUGGAGGACAUGGGCGGGGAGUCGGUGAACGCUCUCAACGGUAACGCGAGGGUUAAAAUUGUCGUGCAGGAGAACCUGUGGGUCAAUCCUGGACCGAUCAACCUCAGAGAACAGUUGAAAGGGAUAUACCCCAUGCCCAUCGGCAAGGUCCAGUCUAAUGAUCCCAGUGCCUUCUACAGGCUGGUACAGAAAGAACGGGAGCUGACGUUCCCCUUCAAUGUCACGGAGGAAGGAGACAUUCUGCUGACUGAGGAGCUGGACAGAGAGGACAAGGCCAUGUACAUCCUGGUGGUGUUUGCUGAGGAUAGCUAUGGUAACCAGGUAGACCCUCCCCUGGAAGUGCAGGUGGUGGUGGACGAUGUGAAUGAUAACGCUCCAAUCUGUGAGGAGGAACUCAGUGUGUUUGAAGUGCAGGAGAAUGAACCCACAGGCAGCCCAGUCGGACAUCUGAUGGUGCAUGAUGCUGAUGAUGACAACACACCCAACGCACUGCUCUCCUAUUCGUUGGUGACCCAAACCCCUUCCUCCGUCUUUACCAUCGAUGGCAUCAGCGGCCGCAUCCAGGCCAAGCAGAUGCUCCAACGCAGAGAUGCAACAGAGUACCACCUCACUGUCAGAGUAAACGACCCAGGUUUCAGCACAGAAUGUAAGGUCCUCAUCAAGGUUAUCGACAUCAACAAUGAGCUGCCCAUCUUCGAGAUUAAUGACUAUGGUAGUCACAACCUGUCUGAAGACACAGCUCUAGGCCACACCCUCCUGACAGUGAAAGCCACAGACGCUGACGACCCUGGAACAGGAAGCUCCCGCAUCGAGUUCCACAUAACCGCUGGCAACGAAGAUGGAGUUUUCGCCAUGGAGACAGACGACAAUGGGGAGGGCAGGCUUGUUGUUGCUAAGCCUCUGAACUAUGAGACUGCUUCCUCCUAUAAGCUACAGAUUGAUGCUCGUAACCCAGAGCCGCUGGUGAGCGGUCUCGAGUACGGCGCUGAGUCGUCCGCCGUGGUCUCGGUGGCGAUCAGUGACGUUGAUGAGGCUCCAGUGUUUGACAUGGACAUUCUGGAUGUCACGGUGCCAGAGGACACCAAGGAGGGAGCUACGCUGCUCAAAAUAGACGCCAAGGACCCAGAGGGAAAAGAGAUACUGUUCAAGAUGGAGGGAGACACUAAGGGUUGGCUGGAGAUUGAUCCUGCUACUGGAGAGAUAAAGAUAAAGAAUAAAGCUGUGCUGGACAGAGAGACGGUGGAGGCCUUCCACUUUACUGUUGUCGCCUUCGAGAAAGCCAAUCCAGAGCUGUCCUCAGAGCGCGAGGUGUCUGUGAGGCUGCUGGAUGUGAAUGACAAUGUCCCCAAGCUGACAGAGAACCAGGCCUUCAUCUGUGUGAAGAAGCCCCAGCCUAUAGUCCUGACGGCCCUGGACGCGGACGCAGACCCCUUCGGAGCACCUUUCACAUUCAGCCUGGCCCAGGGCAAGAAGUCCCCCAACUGGGACCUAAGCGCUGUGGACGGUACGUCUGCUAAACUGACCCUGAAGAAAUCUCCCACCGAGGACAAAACCUUCCUAAUCCCCAUCAACAUCAAAGACAACGCUGGCAUGGGCAUCACACAGAAGUUUGAGGUGCGAGUGUGUAACUGCACAGAGCUGGGAUACUGUUUCACCGAGCCGGGCGUUCAUGCAGGGGUGUUAGGAAUGCCCACCACCAUCGGAAUCCUGGCUGGAACUGUCGGAUUCAUCGCCCUGGUCCUGAUCAUCGCUUUCCAUCGUAUAAAGAAGGACAACCAGAAGAAAGCCUUGCUGGGAGAAACGGACGCCAUUCUCUAGAAACAUAUGAGAUAGCAUGUGUUUGUUUAAUUGUUAUAUUUCUGAAGAACAGAUCUACUUUGAUUGGUUGUAUGCACGUUAUAAAUACUACCUGGUUUCGUCAUAAUCAUGCGCUCAUUGAGCUCAAUAACUUAUUUCCCUUGUCAGUGAAUUUUGUCUGUAUUUAGAAUUUAGACUGUCCCUUCUCAGCUAGUGUGUCUUGACUGGCUGUGCACUGUGUGUGACGGUUCAAACACUCCAUUUCAAGCUGCUUGCUGGAAUUGUGUAGUCUGUUGCUCAGAGACUUUAGUUCACCGUUUGCCCCUGACUGUUGUUUGUGGUUGAUACUGUCUUUAUACUGAUACUCCAUGAUGUUUUUUGAUGAGGCCUGAUAUUAGUGAAGAUGCUAGCUAGCCGAGGGUUAAAUUAGGACGGUUCCACCACUUUAGAAUGGGAGAAAGACUGCCUACAGUAAAGAGUAGAAAUGACCAUGGAAAAACAACUGAUGUUGGAGACAGUUCCAACACCUAAACAUCCCUCAAUUUAACCCUUAGUGUUAACUGUUUGACAAGCCCAGUGUAAAUGAGUGCCUGGUGAAUGUCUGUGUGUACCAAGGUUAUUAUAGUUUUGUGAUUUUCUAUUCAAUUUUAUUUCUAUUAGUUUUUCAAUUAAAAAAAUUAAUUCAGUUUAGUUUCCAUUCGGUUUUAGACUUGAUUUACUAGUUUUUAUUCUGUUUCAGUAGGAUAAAAAACAUAUUUAGUUUUUAUUCUGUUUCAGUAGGAUAAAAAACAUAUUUAGUUUUUAUUCUGUUUCAGUAGGAUAAAAAACAUAUUUAGUUUUUAUUCUGUUUCAGUAGGAUAAAAAACAUAUUUAGUUUUUAUUCUGUUUCAGUAGGAUAAAAAACAUAUUUAGUUUUUAUAUUAUUCAGUUGUAGUUUUGGUUUCAGUUUCAGUUGUAGUUUCAGUUUUGGUUUCAGUUUCAGUUGUAGUUUCAGUUGUAGUUUCAGUUUACUCAAUUGUUUUUCCAAUUUUUGUUUUUAAUUCAUUUUCAUUUCAGUUUUCGUUUACUAUUAUAACCUUGGUGUGUGCAACACAGUAAUGGAGAGAGGAGUGGGGAAAAUGUCUGUCUGAAUAAAGGCUAUCUGGACCUACU